AUGUCAAUCAUUAAUAAAUCAAAUAUUCCUGAACGAUCCCCUUCACCAUCGAGAACAUUGAUUAAAAAUAAUAAUGAUAAUUUUCAAGAACGUAUUGCUUUUCUUCAACAACGUCAGAUAAACACACGAUAUCAUCAACAACCAUAUAAUAGUUUGAAAAAACCUAAGAUCAAUAGUGCAAAUAUUUCAUCAACAUCUUCUAUAAUAAACAAUCGAACACCAGUAAAUUUAUUAGAACUUAAACAACAACGUUUAAUAGAAGCGGCUGAUAGAAAAAAACGUAUUAUAACACGUAUUAUAAGUAUUGUUGGCGUUUUAAUAAUUCUUUUAUGUGCUGGAAUUGUUACACUUACACUUAAAAUGUCACCAAAAAUUGAUGAACUUGUACGUACUAGAUCAGGUCAACAAAAUUUAUUUUAUCAUAUGUCUCGAGUGAGUACACCAUUAACAACGACAACAAUAACAACAAUCACAUCAAAUAAUUUGACAAUAAAUAGUACUUCAAUAUUUAAAUCUCCUUUUCGUUCUCGACAAAGAUCAUUUAUAUAA